AAUACCUAUUUCACAAAGCAUAGCAACCUGUCAAACCGCCUUGAGAGGAAAUUGCGUCACGGUUGUUUCUCGAGACUUAACCUGUACGGCUCGAAAAGGCUAGAGAGGCUCGAACAACAGGAAAUGUUGAGGAUGUCAACAUGAAAGUUGAUAAAAAUGUCAAAACAUCAGAUGACAGAUAGUAAUCAGCAGGAAGUUGUCUGCCUUCCCAGCAAACUGACAGAUGUGGGGACAUUUUCCUAUUCGUGCCUUUGUGGAGUCUCACUACUUCAGCUGUUCAAUGAUGAAUGGAACAGAGAAUUCAAGAAAGCUGCCAUAGAAUCUAUCUUGGCUCAUUUACGGUUACCGUCGCAAGCAUGUGAGUCAGUGAAAGCUAUCACAGAGGGAGAAGGAGUUGAUGAUCCUAAACCAUAUGCAGAUAUUCUUCUGACUGAGUCCUGUUUAAAUGGCAGUGGUGUACCUGUUGUUACUGACCUGGUAACCUUCUCCUUACUCACUGGGCGAUAUGAUUCAAGAAUGAGAACAUUGAUAAAACAUGUGGCCUGGCAUUUGAGAGUUAGCUGGGAUCAUAUAGAGGAAAUAGAAACUGUAUUGGCAGAAACAUUAGAAGCAAAGCAAUAUGAAAUAUCAGAAGAGGAAGAAACUGAAAAGAAAAAGAAAUCCAGAAACUCAAAAAUAAAAAGAUAUGCUUUGAUUGGCAUAGCAACAGUUAGUGGUGGUGCUUUAAUAGGUUUGACUGGAGGACUAGCAGCUCCCCUUGUAGCAGCAGGGGCAUCUGCCAUCAUUGGAGGGGCCGGAGCAGCAGCAUUGGGUACAACUGCAGGUGUGGCCAUCAUUGGCUCCCUAUUUGGUGUUGCAGGGGCUGGACUUGCAGGUCACAAAAUGCGUAAAAGAUUUGGUGCUAUAGAAGAGUUUCGCUUUGAGCCAAUGAUAUCUGGUGGAGCCUUACAGAGAGCUUCUAUGGCUAAACAGUUACAUGUUACUAUAGCUGUCACUGGCUGGCUGUCUAACACAAUGAGAGAUGUCAAGAUUCCCUGGAAGAAUCUGGCAGAAUCAAAUGAACAGUAUUGUUUACGUUAUGAAUCCAAACAUCUCUGUAUCCUUGGUGAUGCCUUUGAACUGUUUUUAAGCGGAGCUGUUUCCAUGGCAACUCAAGAGGCAUUGAAAUAUACACUUCUCUCAGGGAUAAUAAGUGCUAUAGCUUGGCCAGCAACUCUGAUAUCAGCUGCUAAUAUUAUUGACAAUCCCUGGAGUGUUUGUUUACAGAGAUCUGUCACGGUGGGGAAAGAAUUAGCAGAAACCUUGUUAGCUAGAGAACAGGGAAACAGGCCAGUAACUUUGAUAGGAUACAGUCUAGGUGCUAGGGUUAUAUUUCACUGUUUGGAAGAGAUGGCAAAGAGAAAAUGCUGUGAAGGCAUAAUUGAAGAUGUUAUCCUUCUGGGAGCCCCAGUUACUGGUGAUGCAAAAAGUUGGAAAACCCUGGGCAAGGUAGUGGCAGGAAAAAUCAUCAAUGGAUAUUCAAAGGCUGAUUGGAUGUUGAAGUUCCUCUACCGAACCUCAUCAGUACAAUUUAGUGUUGCUGGGUUACAGCCAAUCAAAUGGGAUGACAGAAGAAUGCACAACAUAGAUCUCACAGCAAUAGUCACUGGACAUGGUGAAUACCUGAAACAGCUGGACACAGUGAUGAAAGUUGUUGGGGUCAGAAUGAAGCAGGAUAUAAUGGUUAGACCUUUGACCUCUCACACCAUGAUGGCUGGAAGCAAGGACAACCUUGAGAGUUUAACCAGUAGUGAAGAAGAGGAAGAAGGAGAAAGUGGAAAAUCAUCUGAAAAAAGCAAAAAGAAGAAGUCUCUUAAGGACAAAAAACAACCAGAGAAUUUAACAUCAUGUGAUGCAACCAGUUCCCUCCAAUCAGAUCUUAAUACUCACGAUGAGCAGGUUCAAACUGGAAUACACCAGUUACAGCUAGAUUCACCUUUGGACCCAGAAAAAUUUGUCAUGUACCAUGUUAAUCAAAGUCCAGUCAAAGAUUCUAACUUCAAUGAUAAAGUAAAGUCAGAAUCAAAUAGUGCUAACAAUUCUCCUGAUCUUCCAUUAGAUAAAAAUAAUCAAUGUUCAGAUUCAAAACCUACCUUGCAACUUCAAACCUCAGAACCAGUAAAUACUAGUCCAAUCGAGCAAGAACCAGUAAAUAUUAGUCCAAUACAGCAAGAACCAGUAAAUACUAGUCCAGCCAAGUCAGAACCAGUAGAAACUAGUCUUAACCAGGCAACUGAACUAUCUUGUACAGAUGAUUCAGAUGAUAUAAAAGUUCUUCCACUAGAUUUAGAUAAGAAUUCAAGUUCAACAAUUGAUAAAAUCCAGGAGAUUGAUGCAAGUGAAAUUGAAAACAACAACCUUUAAAAAAAAGAUAUAUAGAAAUCUUUGAAAUCCUUUGAAAUUUUUAUGAUUAAUCGUAAUAUUUAUGUAAUGUGAUGAAAGAGUAGUCUGAUCUUUACCAAACUUAAGCAUUUUUUAUGUAUUUUGAAACUAUAACUGCUAUUUUUAUGUUGCUACUAUUAAUUUAAGCAAACUGCUAGGUAAAAUAAAAAAUUAAGAAACUUUAAACUAUAUGAAAUUAUACAUUUAAGUACAUAGAUCUUAUAAUGAAAGCAACAAAAUUAUCUGUAGAAAAUUAUGAGAUUUGUUUGACACUGUCAAAUAUUAUAAGUUAUGAAAUACCAUUAUUUGAUGGUUUGCUUGAGGGAAAAAAAAAGUGUUUAUCAAUUUUC